AUGAAAAGACAGGAGCCUCACAUUACCUCACUCCCUACUUCGAAAAAGAAAGCCCACACCAUGUCAGAGAAGGCUGCCGCUGAGAACGAGGAUUUGUUCAGAAAUGUCGGGGAAAACGUCCAAGAAAUUGAUCAAAAUCAACAAUCUGGAGACUUGGCUAGAGCGACCGGUGCAGCUGAUGCCGAGGGCCACCCAGUCCAAGAGAUCGAAUCGCUGUGUAUGAACUGCCAUGAUAACGGUGUCACCAGAAUGCUGUUGACGAGGAUACCGUACUUCCGGGAAGUGGUGCUCAUGUCAUUUGAAUGCCCUCACUGUGGUUUCAAAAACUCGGAGAUUCAAACUGCCUCGGAGAUCAUGGAGAAAGGGUGCAAGUACAUGCUUAAGGUGGAAGGGAAAUCAGACUUCAACCGUCAAGUCGUCAAGUCUGAAACCGCAACUUGUAAAUUCCAAGAGCUAGACAUAGAAAUUCCCCCCAAGCGCGGCCAACUCACGACCGUGGAAGGCCUCCUAAGUGAGAUGGUUGAGGGGUUGAGCUCUGACCAACCUGUCAGGAAGUCGAUAGAUGAAAAUCUGUACAACCAGAUCGAGACCUUUCUCGCCAAGGUGAGGUCGUGUCUGGACUGCGAGCCUGGUACCUUACCAGUCACUUUCACCCUAGAUGACCCCGCUGGCAACUCCUGGAUCGAAUACACACCUGGAGAGCAAGCCCAUAAGUGGUCUCAAACCCAGUACGUUAGGUCUGGAGAGCAAAAUGUUCAGGUGGGCAUCAUAUCGCAAGAUCAACUAGAGCAGCAUCGCCAGGAAGAACGUGCCAAGGUGGCUGACAAGGAGAGGAACCCCUCACAGGCCAAGAAGUCAACCUUUUUGUCCGAUGAGACCGAUAUUGAAAAUUUCACCAAUGAAGUGCAAACAUUUUCUGCCAGUUGUCCGUCCUGUUACCGUCCGUGCGACACUCACAUGAAACCGGUCAACAUUCCACAUUUCAAGGAAGUGAUCAUCAUGUCCACGGUGUGCCACGAGUGCGGCUACAAAUCAAACGAGGUGAAAACUGGCGGUGCUAUCCCAGAGAAGGGCAGAAAGAUUACUUUAUUGUGCGAUGAUCCAGAAGAUCUCUCGCGUGACAUUUUGAAGAGUGAGACCUGCUCUUUGACAAUCCCGGAGCUCAGCUUGGAUAUUCAGCAAGGCACUCUGGGUGGUAGAUUCACUACUUUAGAGGGUCUACUGCAGCAAGUUUACACCGAGUUGAAAAACAGAGUCUUUACCCAAACCUCAGACUCCAUGGAUGAGGCAACAAGGAAAAGAUGGGAGGAAUUUUUCAGCAAGCUGCAGGAAGGUCUAGAUGGUAAAGUAAAAUUUACGGUGACAAUGGAGGACCCUCUAGCAGGGUCUUACAUCCAAAAUGUUUACGCUCCCGACCCAGACCCCAACAUGACGAUAGAAGAUUACGAAAGAACACAGGAACAAAACGAGGAGCUCGGUCUCAACGACAUGAUUGUCGAAUGA